AUGGCUACUACUGGAAGUGGAAAUGGUUCUGGUCCUAAUUUCGAAACUGGUAAUCAAACACCACCUAUUAAUCAAACAACUCAAACUAAUCCUGAACAUGUUGUUAACAAUAACCCUCCUCCUCCUACCCCUCCUACUCCUAGCCAUGUCCACGUGCAUUAUUCCAACACCCCUGUCCCUAAAUUCGAUGGGGAUAAUGACAAAUUCACUGAAGAUAAUAAUGCUGCAAGACUGGUAGCUGAACAAGAUGCUAUCAAUCAUGCCCAGAGUUCAAAGGUUGCUAGCUUGACCGGCCAACCUUGUGCUGCUUUAAUGUCUGCUGAGAAUGUCCAGCCACAUUCGAUGAAGGAGAUAUCUAGUCAGAUGAACAAUCAAACUGGUCCCCCUGCCAUUACAUACCAUAAAUCUGAUGAUUCUUAUAAGAACAAAUAUAAGAAAUUAAAGGCCCAAAUUGCUCUCCUUUCUCUUGAAAAAGAAAAUGAGCAAAAUAAAUGUUUAGUGGCUAAUGUUGAAGAGAAAUGGGAACUCUCUGAUGAAUCAUCUGAUGAUGAAGAGGAGAUCAGAGAUGAUACAGAAUCAAAACUGGACAUUGUUGAAUCACUUAAUGGUGAUUUAUUAUUUGUUGAAACUGUUAGAACCGAUGGUGAAAUGUAUCUGGAAACAGUUUUAAAUGAAUUAAAAAAUUUAAAAACCAUGGCAAAUGAUUUCCAAAGUGUCCAGUUGGCUCUCAAUGAGUCAGUUGCCUUGAAUGAGGCUUUGGAACUGGAUAACCAAAAAUUGCAAUCUGACCUUGAAAAAGAACAAAUGGUUAUCAAAACCUGGGUAAGGGCAUCUGGGAGGAACUAUGAUGCUUGCACUAAGACCAUUUCUGCCCAAAUUAGAACAAUUGGUGCUGGAGAUAAAGAGAUGGCAGCUGCAAUUCCUGAUAUUCAUGAAUUACCAGAAAGCAUCCGAAUUAAGACCCCUUAUGACCAACCUGAGUGUUCCAAGAAAACUGAAUCGGUUGAGACCACCCCUGUUGAGGUUAAAUCUGGAGCCCAAAAGGCUAAAGUUCCAGGUAAGAAGGCUGCUGGUGAAAAGCCUUUGCCUCAAAAAUUGGAAGAGCAACUCCAACUUUUGUCUAGACAGGUUCAGAGUUGCACUACCAAAAUCAAAAACUUGGAAGGAACUUCAACCCCUCUAGUUGCAAAACAAAAUGUUAUUGAAAAACCCCUUUCAAAGAAAAAUAAGAAACAAAUUGUUCAAUCUGGAACAAAAUCUGAGAAGAAAAAGGGUAAAACUCCUGUUAUUUCCAAAACUUUUACUCCUGAAAUUGGAAAAUCACCAGCUUCAGCCUCCAGUUCACAACCCCAGAAGGAAACUGGCGAUCGUAAAAAGAAUACCUGGUAUCUGGACAGCACAGCUGGACAGACUACGACCGGAUGUAAGUCCGUGCUGGAAGAGUUCACCGUCCAAGAUGGACCGGCGGUGACAUUUGGAAAUGAUGGAAGUGGGAAAACUGGGGGAUAUGGUAUAAUCAAUAAUGGACAGAUCGAGUUCACUAAAGUUGCCUUUGUCAAUGGUUUGAAAGACAACCUGAUAAGUGUCAGUCAACUGUAUGACGACGGAUAUAAGGUAUUAUUCGAUAUUGCUCAAGGUACCAUAUUUAACAAAGAUUGGAAAGUGGUUAUGGUUGCACCAAGGAAGGGAAAUGUAUACGUCAUGGAUAUGGAAACUGCCCCUCAAGAGCAAUGUUUUUAUACCAAGGCUGAUGAAGACACCAACUAG